GUAAUUUCGUCUUUUUACAGGAAAAAAAAUGUGUUAUGUUUUUGGUGGUGUACAGGUGAAAUAGAUGCGACCUAAGUGGGUUGUUUGGGUAAAAAACCCGUUCGGGGCUCUGUUGGUGAUGACUUGUGCUUGCUACAGAUUGCUGAGGAAGGCCUCCAUGUCGCCUCUCCUAUCCGCCAUCAGAUCUACGCCCUCCUCUUUCGCUGCCUGCAAUCGAUCUAUCUCCUCUUCCCGCUGCAGCGUGCUCGACGACCCUCUCGCGACCUACAAAUCCAUGGAGAAUCCCCGAGGAGGAACUCUUUCGGCGGUUGGUAUCAACCACAAGGGUGAACUCCUUGUGGGAGCCCCAGCCAAACCGUUUGGAGACUCUCAGGCACAGACGGAGACGGAGAUGGAGAUGGAGAUGGUUCCCUGCAGGAUUGUUAAAGCUCCAAAUGGUGAUGCUUGGGCCGAAGCAAACGGGCAAAAAUACUCUUUUGGCCAGAUUGCACUUUUUGUUCUCCUGUAUAUGAAAAAAUUUGCCUUUGCACACCUUGUCAGAUUUUACAGCAGUGGUGUUAGGAUUCCAGCUUGUUUCAGGGAUGCACAAAUGGAAGUAACCUUUGAUAUUGAAGACGUUGACUCCUUUUCUGUCUUGGCGACAGACAACGCCUACAGGAAAGUAAUGGAGGAGGAGUCUCUGAUCGGCAACAUUGACUUGAUCGUCCACCGUAUUGAGGCAUUCUUGAGCAAGUACAGAGAGAGGACCCCUGCCGAGAUUGUGACGGAGUUUGAAACUGCUGUGUGUGAACUCAAGAGUGCCUUAAGACUGGAUAACGAAGAGGUCUUGGCCAAGUUAGAGGCUGCAAGAGAGGCCGUUUCGAAAAUACGCCAGCACAUGUCUAAAGACACCAAUUCUAUGGAAGGAGAGAUGGAGGAUGCCCUGAGAACCCUUUCGGCGGUUGGUAUUAACCGCAAGGGCAAACUCCUUGUGGGAACCUCAGCCAAACGGUUUGAAGACACUCAGACAGAGAUGGAGAUGGAAAUGGUACCGUGCAAGGCUUUUAAAGCUCCGAAUGGCGAUGCUUGGGUCGACGUGAACGGGCAGUUGUACACUGCUAGCCAGAUUGCAACUUUUCUUCUCCUGAAAAUGAAGGAACUUGCCGAACCACACACCUUGGAAUAACUGUCACCGAAGCUGAAAUCUGUCUUUUUGGUAUAAAGGGGGGACAAUUCGAGGUGACCAUCAGCGUUUAUCCCGAUGGAAGAGUUACUGUCGGGGCCAAAGACGAAGCCACCAUUAAAGAUAUGGAGGAGGAGUUUCUGAGCUUAACUGCUAUGUAUAGUUUCGACGAUCUCGAGUUUUCCUUGAGGGAGCACAGAGAGAAGCUCCCUGCCGAGAUUGUCACAGAGGUUGAAACCGCUUUGUCUGAACUCAGGAAAGUCAUGGCGGAAUCCAACUACGAAGAGAUGGGGGCCAAAACGGAUGCUGCAUUUGAGGCUCACGAUAGACUCAGGUCAUCAUUAAAGCUAGCACCAUGUCGCGCGGUCUUAAAACCCAGAUAAGUUUUAGACGAUUUUACUAUUAGCUUUAGAGAUAAUAUAAUUUAUUUUGAUGUUUUAAUUUAUAAUUCAGAUUCAUAAAUAAAAAUGAGAAAUCUUUUUCUUGGUCA